AUGGCGUCGUUUCCCAUAUCUGAGUUAACUUCCAAAACUCCAAACAUUCUAACCACCAACAACCCGCAACGUCGCCCAGCAGCAACAAUGGCCAACCGCGGGUAUGAUGUCGUAGUCGACGUGGACACUGAGGGGGACCUUGGCCAUACCGACCUGCAAGAAGACCUCGAAUUCCACCCAUCUAACUUUGAAGAAACCUCCCGCACCGGCAAACCCGCAGACAGCACUCCCUUCCUAGGCACCCAAGGCGGUGGUGGGUCCUCCUCGCACCGCCGCGCCACAUCCCCAGGCGGCACCCCGUCCAAACACCGUUUCUGGACCCUGACAUACUACUCCCAAUUCUUCGACGUCGACACCUCCGAUGUCCUCCGCCGCUGCACCGCAACCCUCUACCCGCGCACAAACUUCCUAGACGUCCUCGACGGCAACCCAGAUCUCUAUGGGCCCUUCUGGAUCGCCACGACAGUCGUCGUUGUCCUCUUUCUGACGGGGACGGUCUCGCAGUACCUCGCCCGCAGUGGGCGGGAGCACUUCGAGUACGAUUUUCGUCUCCUGUCCGGCGCCGCGGGGCUGAUUUAUGGAUACACGGGCAUCGUUCCGAUUGCGCUGUGGGGGGCUUUGAAGUGGUUUAGGCGCAGUGGCGGUGGGGGGUCGGGCGGGAACGGGUGCUGA